AUGGACGCCCAUCUUUCGAAUGGCGGACACGAUCUACCUCACGAGGUAGAGUCUUUGCCACUGGUCCUGGAGAACUUGGCACGAGAGUUUCCCGAUAAUAUCUGGAUGAAAAUACCCUUGGACGCAGAGCUGAAAAAGGGAUGGCGCGAUAUCACAUAUCGAGAGCUGGCAGACGCCGUCGAUGCCAUGGCUCGCUGGAUCGUCCGCGAGUUUGGCAUUGGCAAUGGACAAGAAGCUGUGGCGUACAUAGGCAUCAACGACAUGCGGUACGCCGUAGCGCAGAUCGGACUGAUCAAAGCAGGCUACAUGGCCCUUUUACCGUCGUCCCGGAAUUCUCAGGAAGGCCAGACAUCACUGCUUUCGUCAACGAGGUGCAGGAUUCUCCUUCACAGCGAAGACUCCGAAACAAGCGUAAGCGUCAUCAAGCAAGCUGCGCCAGCCCUGCAGGCACUACAGAUUCCGUCAUUCGACGAGCUGCUCCGACAGGCAUCGGCAUCAGAGGCAGCGACGGCGUGUCCCAUCGCUUAUACCAAUAAGUCUGAGGACAGAGUCAUCGUCCUGCACACUUCCGGAUCUACCGGGCUACCAAAGCCAAUUUACCAUACCAACGGCAGUAUCGCUGUCUUCAAGCAAGUGCCACAAGUGCCUGCUCCACAUGGUCGUCAAGGUGUCUAUGCUAUUGUUCUAGAGAGUGAUACCCUAAGCUUUUCAGUGGCACCCUACUUCCACUUAAUGGGCGCAUCACGCAUCUGGACGUCGUUACUUUGCCGGCACUCAAUAUGCUGUCUGCCACCGGGCAAGCCUCCUACGAGUGAGAUAAUUAUCAAAAUUUUGAAUGAAACACGGCCUAAGACCUGGGCGACCCCCCCUUCAAUCAUCGAAGAGCUUGUACACACACCUGGUGGCCUGGAAGCCCUCACUAAUGUGAAGUACGUCAUUAUUGCGGGCGGGCCACUAGCUCAGAGUGUUGGCGAACGCGUUAGUGAACACACUCGGCUGGUGAAUGCUAUAGGAUCGACGGAGGCUGGCUUUAUAGUGGCCCUUCUUCCGGAAGAUAAGGCGGACUGGCUGUACUUCGAAUUCAUGGCGGGCAGUGGCGUUUGCAUGGACCAUCAGGGUGCAAGCUUGUACGAGAUGACCAUCAGACCUACGGGUGACCGUCGGUACCAAACAGUCUUUCAUACCUUUCCCAGCGUCACGGAGUGGCGCACCAAGGACUUGUUCGUGGAGCACGCUACGAAGAAGGGUCUUUGGCUUUACAAAGGUCGUAAGGACGAUGUCCUAGUGUUGAGUAAUGGCGAGAAGUUCAACCCGGUCGGAUUCGAGAAGAGUCUUGAGGGUCAUGCUUUGAUCAAGGGAGCACUCGUUGUUGGGCAGGCACGUUUUCAGACUGGGCUUCUGAUCGAGCCAGAUUGGAAUUCAUGUGGACACCGAGACAGAGAUCUGUCAGAGCUUGUGGAAGAAUUGUGGCCGUUCAUUGAACAGGCCAACAAAGCUGCUCCAGCACACGGUCGCGUCUGGAAGUCGAAAGUUGCUAUCGCCAAGCGAGACAAGCCUUUCAAGCGCGCUCCCAAAGGGACCAUUAUGCGGAGGCAGACGACAAAUUUAUACGCCGCGGAGAUUGAAGCGCUUUAUUCGAAUGAGGGGACUUUUGAUGAGCUUGGGCCGCUUCUGGUCGACCGGAAUGUUGGUAUCAACCCAGCCAUGGAGUACUUGCGCAAGGCGUUCAAGGCCAAAGGCUUCGAGAUGCCAGAUGACGUUUCCCCAGAUGCCGAUAUCUUCAGCUACGGCAUCGAUUCGCUGCAGGUCAUGGCUCUUUCAUCAAUCUUGAGUCACGGGAUAGGAAAGCCUGUAUCACCUCGUGUGAUCUACGGCCAUCCGACUAUUCGAAGCUUGGCCGAACAUCUCACUGAGGUCGAAGACGACACCUCUGCUCGCCUGUCCCGCGAACAGGUAAUGGAAGCAAUGAUCAAGAAGUAUAGCCAUGAUUUACCUUCGAGAUCAACCAAAGGCACGCCAGCACUGAAUGAGCACACAGUACUCCUCACUGGCUCCACUGGCUCUCUUGGAGGUCAUGUCCUAGAAGAGUUGAUAAACUCUCCCUCAGUGGCUCACGUGUAUGCCCUCAACCGUUCCACUGAUGCAGAAGCUCGCCAAGCCAAGCAGUUUAAGUCCCGCGGUCUUAGCAUUGAUGGAUUGCGCAAAGUAACCUUUCUCACAGCCGACUUUGGCCGCGAGCAUUUCGGACUAGACUCCAGAGUGUACGAUACCAUGCUCCAGUCCGUUGAUAUCCUGGUACACAAUGCGUGGGCGGUCGAUUUUAACAAAACUUUAGCAAGCUACGAGGGUGUCCACAUCGCCGGCACUCGCAGAGCAGUCGAUUUCUGUAUUCAGUCCAAGUACAACGCGCAGAUCGUCUUCAUAUCCUCAAUCGCAAGUGUCGGGAACUGGUUUCACGACCAUCCGAAAGAGACCAUCGCGGAACAGAAGGCCAUCCCGGAAGAGAUCCCAAAAUCUCACUCGGUCGCUCUGCCCCAGGGAUACGGAGAGUCGAAGCACGUGGCAUCCAUGAUUCUAGCACAUGCUGCCAACACAGCAGGUAUUCCGGCAACGAUUGUGCGAGCAGGACAGCUAUCGGGUUCUGUCACCAGCACGGCCGAGUGGAAUCGCCAAGAGUGGCUGCCGAGCAUCAUCAUCACGUCCAAAGCGCUGGGGCUCAUCCCAGAAUCAUUGGGAGUCCAAGACACGGUCGAUUGGGUGCCCAUGGACCUCGCUGCGCAGGCGGUAGUGGAGAUGGCACUCGCGCGUGCGCAUGAUCCUGCUGGCCUCGAUAUCACGCACCUCAGCAACCCGCGCACCGCCUCGUGGAAGGCGCUCAUCCCCGCUGUACGCGAAGCCCUCGAGCGAGAGACCGGCCGCAAAAUGGCCGUGGUGCCAUUCCGCGAAUGGCUCGAAGCCCUGCGUGCGAGCCCAGUCACGCCAGCAGAAAUCGAGAAGAAGCCUGGCUUGAAGCUGCUGGAGUUCUAUGAGGGAAUGGCGAGCUCGGGAACGCAGCAGCCCAGCAUGGCCACGACGCACACGCAGGAGCUGAGCAGCACGGUGCGGGAUAUGGCUGCCAUUGAUGGGGCAUUGAUGACCAAGUGGCUGCGGGAGUGGCAGUAG